AUGGGGCAAGAUCGUCUUUUUGAUUUAGCAAUUAUUUCAAUUGAACAUGAGUUGUCAAGUGAUGAUGAAGAAAUAGAUGAAACAGACAAGGAUAAAGAUUAUAUACCUACUAUAUUACAAUGCAAUGAAGAUGUAAAUGAAUCACUUGAAGACUUCCCCCUUGACCUAGCUGCAGACAAUCCACCUAAUAUAUUAGACUUCGAUUUUGAAAAAUCUGGAUGUUCUCCAGAAAAAUAUAAAAUAACCCAUUUUAGAGAAUUGCAAGGUUCAGACAGUGUCAAGAGUGACAAGCUUUUUAAGAUUCGUCCUCUGUUAUCUCAUUUCCAAGAAACCUAUAAAACUAUAUACCAGCCUUCAAGACACCUUGCUGUUGAUGAGAGUAUGGUGGCAUUCAAAGGCCGUUCAUCAAUGAAACAAUUUAUGCCAAUAAAAUGA